AAAAUUCAUAGACAACCUCUCGUUCUCCCCUUUUCUUGCUGAGGACUACUUGAUGAAGGAAAUGUUUGUAGCAGACGUAGCUUUAUAUAUAUAUUUUUUUCAUAAGUAAAGGUGAUUAUAACAUAAACGGAGAGAUUAUAGUUGUUUAAUUGUUUGUUUUGCCUGAAAAAAGUUGAACUUCUGCAUUUCUCCCUGGAUUACAGUUCUGGAAAUACUAUUCUUACUGCUGCAUUCUUGCAAUUAGGAUCAAAAAAGAAGAGAGACUUUUUCUAUUUACAUGUGAAUCUUUGACAUUCGGUUGCAUCUUUCUGUAUCUAAGAAUCCAAGAAGAUGGUACGCUACCUGCCUUUUUUGUUCCAGAGGAAACUCAAAGCCACCCUUUGUCUUUUUCUCCUUAUGGUUGUCCUGAUACACAUUGUGAUGGAAUUUGUGCCCUCUGCUGAUAAGACGUCCUGCAGGUGUCUAUCUAAAGCCACAGGUAACUUGGACCAUUUAUCACCCCGUUCCAUAUCAGCAACUCAGAAUAAGAUGAAUCUGAGGAAUCUUCAGGAUUUUAGUAGCAGUAACAGCUCCCUGGAAAAAGGAUUUCAUUCAACAGAAGGUGUGUCUCAUGUGGAUGGCCUCAGCAAUGUGGGUCUCCAAGAUGCCAACAUCAAGCAACAACGGGAAACCAGAGAAAAACCCAGCCAGAAAAUCAAAUCCAAAUUGUCUGCUCUUUUUCACCAUCCUCUGUAUAAGAUCCCAAUCCCAAAAAUUGCAAGGAAAGACAAACUAUUUGGGAACAAGCCAACGAUGAAUCUCUUCAUAAAAAAUGAAGGAAUCAUAAUCAACAGUGCAGAAGUUCUUCAGAACCACAGUGCUCAUCCUGCUUGGUUCAGUUUUUACGCUGGAAUCAAUCGCUAUGAAUUGUAUGCCCGCCAUGAUCCCUCUCGCCAUGACUUGAUGAAGGAUUUGGCCAAACAGAAAAUUAUUAGCUCAGUUCAGAAGCCUGGAGGAACUCAACUGAAGCUUAUCAUGACUUUUCCCAAUCAUGGCGAAGCUCUCUUCAAACCUAUGAAGCAAACCCGAGACCAGGAGACUUCAGCAGACUUCUUUUACUUUUCAGACUUUGAGCGGCACAAUGCAGAAAUAUCAGCUUUUCAUUUGGACAGGAUCUUGGACUUUAGAAGAAUUCCCCCAGUUUCUGGACGCUUGGUGAACAUAAGCGAGGACAUUCGUGACAUUACCACAGAUAAGAAACUGUUUAAAACGUUUUUCAUCUCCCCAGCUGGCAACAUCUGUUUCUUUGGUGAGUGCUCCUACUAUUGCUCCACUGAACAUGCUUUGUGUGGCAAACCUGACCAGCUUGAGGGAUCCAUGGCAGCCUUGUUGCCUGACAAAAUAAUAGCUGGACGCCAGUCUUGGCGGAAUCCCUGGAGGCGUUCCUAUUCCAAGAUCAAGAAAGCUGAGUGGGAGCUGAAUGAAAAUUACUGUGCUAAGAUUCGAAAGACACCGCCCUAUAACAACACAGCCCGGCUUCUGAAUCUCAUUGACAUGACCAUGCUUGAUUUUCUCAUGGGAAAUAUGGAUAGGCACCAUUAUGAGACAUUUGAAAAGUUUGGUAACCACACUUUUUAUCUUCACCUGGACAAUGGAAGAGGGUUUGGGAGACAUUCUCAUGAUGAAAUGUCUAUUCUGACUCCUCUUCGUCAAUGCUGCAUUAUUAAAAAGUCAACCUUCCUGCGGCUGCAACUGCUUGCUACUGAGCCUUUUCGCUUGAGUGAUGUCAUGCGUGAAUCAUUAGCUUCAGAUCCCCUGUCUCCAGUCUUAUCAGAGCCUCAUCUGGAAGCACUGGAUCGACGACUGAAAAAGAUAUUGGCUAUGGUGGAAAACUGCAAAAAGGCAGAUGGACCCAAAGAAGUAAUAGUCGAUGAUUUAAAAGGAAAGCAGCAUUUUUAGUUCAGAGUAGCUAGAGAAGUGAUCGUGAUCUUACCUACACAAUAACCCCAACCACCAUUUUUUGUUCACUCAUGAAGAAAUUAUCUACCGUUGCUAUUUAUUGGGGAGGGGAGCAUCUAUAGUUUAUUGAGUUCCAAUAUGGAGCUGUGAACUUUGUCCACUGACAGAUCAGACAAUUUGUUUAUUUAACUAACUUCUAGAUGACCUGUUGCCUUAACAAUCAUGCACAGCAAGAAAUCAAUUCAGACUAUGGUGCCAACUUCCAGUCAAUUCCUCCAGAUUGCCUCUUGAGAGAGAGAAAAAGUAUCAGGAGUAAAAAGGGAUUGGAGGCUAGGGAGAGCGUACAGUGUCUCAUGUCACCAGUUCUUUGAAGUUGCCCAGAGGUUGCCUCUGCAGCUCUUGAUAGGAAAAAAAGUAUUUACUUCUGACAACUGCUAGGCAAUAUUACCUACUAAGGCCUCUGGUACCAUGUUUUUCUAUUGUAUGGUCCUUUUAGAAAGGGCAAGAUGUGAACCUGGAAUUGUCUGCCUGAAAUCAUAUAAAUGGUUAUCUGAAUAAUUAGUUCCAUGUAUUAUGCAACAUUCUGCUUCAGGUAAUGACCAACUAAAUGGAAAUAUAUAUUUUGUACAGUAUGUAAACUGUUGUACAGGAACAUAACCAGUUCAUAGUGAGCCAUCCAGCCCAUAUUAUUGACCUGGACCAGUAGUGGCUCACCAGUGUUUUAGACAAUUUUCCCCCCAAGUCCUACUUGGUGAUUCCAAGAAUAAAAUUUUAGAUAUUUAGUAAAAAGAUGAAAUGCUUUAUGAUAUGUGAAGUCUACCCAUAGAGGGGAAUGUGUAAACUCAGGCAAGGCUCCUAUUGGGCAGGUAGCCUAUGGUUCUCCAAAUAUUCUUAUACAACAUUUUCAAGCAACAUCCAGAAGCACCAGCCAAUGAGACAGCCAAUGAAGGUUGCUGUUCAAAAGCAUCUUGACAGAUACAGGUUGCUUACUCCUGUCCUUGGAUAGGUGGAUUCAAAGGAAAACAUGCAUACAUAGUUACAUGAAUGAUUUAACAUGAUUGCCCAUGAAUUGGUUUUAUGGCCUUUUGGAUGGAAAUUUUUUAAAAGAAAUUGAAGAAAUACUAUUGUAGCUACUGUACAAUAACUGUAUUACAAAUUUAUUGGGAAUUUCAUGUUCUUAUUUUUCCAAGAAUAUAACAAAUGAAUGAGUAACAAAUUGUUUUAAUGAUAUUUUAGGUCUUUAGAGGGGAAGGUAGCCAAAGUAUAUUUCUACUGAAAAUGACAAGCAAAUGUGCCAUGGUUUAUUCAGGGUAUUGAGUUAA